AUGGCGCCUCCUACUACCACCCGUGGCUGGCGGAUUAAAGGCACCGCUCCCGACGACGGCUCCGCGGCCCUGUCCUGGGAGGACUCUCAGCAGCUCAAGACGCCGUCCGAGCACGACGUCGUCGUCAAGUUCCGCGCCUGGUCGCUCAACUACCCCGAGAUAGCCAUCGCGACGGGCAUCUACCCCUGGAAACCCGACAACCCAGCCGACAUCCCCGGCUCCGAUGCCGCCGGCGAGGUCGUCCACGUAGGCAGCGGCGUCGAGUCCCUCGCCGUCGGAGACCGCGUGAUCCCCGUCUACUACCCGCGUUUCGACUCCGGGCCCGCCCCGACGGAGGAGACCGGCGUCGGCAUCUGCGGCCUCGACGCCCCCGGCGUCUUCCGCGAGCACGCCGUCUUCCACGAGCGCGCGCUGGCCAGGGCGCCCGCGAACCUCUCCUACGAGGAAUCCGCGACCCUCCCCUGCUCGGCACUCACCGCGUGGAACGCGCUGUACGGCUACGCCCCCAUCAAGCCCGACUCCUGGGUCCUCGUCCAGGGCACGGGCGGAGUAUCGGUCUUCGCGAUCCGCUUCGCCCUCGCCGCGGGCGCUACCGUCAUCGCGACCACCUCGUCCGACGCCAAGGCCGCCGUCCUCCGGGCGAUGGGCGUCCAGCACGUCAUCAACUACGAGCGCGACCGGGAAUGGGGCAAGAUGGCACGCGCGCUGACGCCCAGGGGCCUUGGCUGCGACCACGUCAUCGAGGUCGCCGGGCCCGCGACGAUGCGGCAGUCCUUCCGGUGCGUCGCGCGCGGGGGCGUCAUCGACGUCAUCGGGUUUCUCGCCGGACAGACUCAGGCGCCUGAGGAUCCGACGUUCCUCGAGCCGCUGGUGCGGGCUUGCAUUGUGCGCGGCGUGGAGGUCGGGAGCCGGGAGCAGCUGCAGGAUAUGAUCAAGGCCAUCGAGGCGCGGGAUAUCAAGCCGGUUCUGGAUGAUGCCAGGUUCUCGCUGAAGGAGCUGAAGCAGGUGUACAAGAGAGUCUGGAACCGGGAGCACUUUGGAAAGGUUGCCAUUUCCGGCAUUUAG